GAUUAUUAAUAAUAUGUUAGACGAUAGUUUCAAAUUAAUUAAACAAGGAGCCGAAGGAAGAAUUUAUCAUGGCAUAUACUUAGGAAAACAUGUAUUAGUCAAGGAAAGGUUUAAAAAAUCUUACAGACAUCCAGAUUUAGACGAUAUAUUAACUAAGGAAAGAAUGAAAUCUGAGGCAAAAUUAAUUGUUCGAUCCAAAUCAGCUGGAAUUAGAACACCUGCUAUUUACAUGGUCGAUUUUGAAAGACGCAUUAUUAUAAUGCAAUAUUUCGAACAAAAUAUCACAUUGAAAGAAUAUAUAUCUAAAUACUGUAAGGAUAAUGCACAAGAACUGCAAGCACUAGGAAAUCAAAUUGGUGCAUUGGUUGCAAAGCUUCAUAUAGCAAAUAUCAUUCAUGGUGAUCUUACGAGCUCUAAUAUUCUUCUUGUGCCAAGUAAUCCAGAAUUGAAGGACUGGUCUGAUAGCAUUUCUUUAAAAAAUUCAAAUUUAAUACUGAUUGAUUUUGGAUUAUCUCAUAUUGAUACAUCUUCAGAAGAUAAAGGAGUAGAUUUAUAUGUUCUGGAAAGGGCAUUACUGAGUACUCAUAGUGAUGUUGGUGAAGUUCUGAGGAAUAAUAUUCUACAAUCAUACAGAAAAUCUUCCAACAAAGCAGCUGCUGCUAGUGUUUUAGAAAAGUAUGAAGAAGUGAGAGCAAGAGGUAGAAAACGAACAAUGGUUGGAUAAUUUUAUUUAUUUAAAAUAACUUAAAUGCUAUUAUUUUUAUAUAAAAUUUCACCUUAUUAAAAAAAAUAUUGCAAAUAUUUAAUUUAGAAUAUUAAGGUAUUAAAGAUAAAAAAAAUAUUUAGAAUAUUUAGAUUAUUAAGUUUCAUAAGACUUAAUAAAUUACUGAAUACAUAAUAUUAGCUCUGCACAC